AUGUCUUUGAGUCUUUUUUCCGGCCCUGUCAAGCUUGACACCAGUGGUAAUGGCGAUGCAUUGCAGCAUUAUGAUCAGAUUUGUGCCAUUUCUCAAGCUGCCAUCAACAAAGGCUUUGAAAAACUUUUUGAAAAGCAGCCGCUUGGAGCAAGAUCAGUUCACUGGAGCAAUGAAGAUGUUUUUGAUGGACAGUUGGUAGCUACAAUGCUGCCUCCUCAAAUAGGGCUCGAAGUAGAAUCCGGUGAUAGCUCCAAGUUUACGCUUCAACUUCGCUUUGAUCAGGGGAGAAUUAUCCUUGGCCAAAAUACUUAUCAGACGAUUGAUGGCUGGGUGAUUGCUUUCACACCACUUUCGUUUGAAAAUUGUCUAGAUACAACAAUUGGAGAUCUUGCUGCGGCGGCAAAUGUGGAAGACACGGUAGACAAUGUGGUCUUCAAAUCCGACAAGCCAACGAAGCUAUGUCCUGGAGAAUACUCAAUUCAUCGCUUAUUUGCUGCUAUUGCUGAUCUCUCCUGGGGAAGCAUCAUAUGGGAGCGCUCAUACAUGGUGCAGCCCAAUAAGCAAAAACUCUCUCUUGAGCAGUGGGCCAAAGACCCUGCAAACAACGCUCUUUACAACGAGGUCCAACAAUGUUUGAGGGAAUGGACUUUGGAGAAUAAGCUGGCGACUUGUUUCACACAAGGAAUGUUGUUGAAAAUACCCAAAGCAAAAGUUAGUAGUGGGAAGGUGACAUUCGCUUCCAGAGCGCUCCGGUUGCAGAAUUACCCUUAUAUCGACGAGGAGAGGCAGACACAAUUUUCAAAGAAUGGGCAAGUUAUGAAAGGUACAAAUGGAAGCCCGUAUAAUUGUCUCUGCUUCUGCGAAGUGGUGGGAAGCAGAGUAGACCUUCCCACAAUCAAAUUUUUACCUUUCACUGGGAACUUAGCAGGGCCUAGUAAAGGCACAAGUGAUGAGUACCUUGGAACUUUCAUACUCGACCGCCGCCUUGUUUCCGGGCAAACCAAUCUGUUAUCGUCACUACAGGAUCUUUGUGUAGCAAUGCAGACAAUACCUUUCGGACCCGAGGCAAAGAUUGGUGGAAAUCGUCUGACUCCUGGCCGACGACUUCGCUUGGUUGGUAACACGGCGGAUUUAACUGCUGGCAAACCGUAUCGUUGGGAACAACUAAAAGAUAAUACGGGGGCGAACACCCGUAUCCUUGCGAGUGUCACAGGAAGAAAGACUAGAACAACAUCUAUGGCGAAAGUAACAAGAGAAGCUGGACCACAAAUGGCCACUUUAAAACAAAGCCUUGUUAUCAGCGAUAUAUCUUCAUGGACAUUCACUAUUAGCGUGAGUAGUUCUCAGGAUACUGUGGGCAAUCUAGCGGUCUUAAACAGUACCAAAGCUAUCUUGGAAGGAUGUACAAUAGAGGAAGACCCAUACACUGGACUUGAUAUAAUCAUACCCAAUGAUUUCUCUACUAAUCUUACUGGAACCCCAUCAAAUCCAAAAUGGAUUUUGAUACGGUCAGCAAUGAAGGUCAACAUUGGCAGAGCUUUGUCGAAACUGGCUAGCGAUUUGAAACUUUUUCAGAAUGUCAAUAAGGUUAUAUAUGGAGGGAAUGGCGAGUUUAUAUUCGGACCUACCAUGCUCAAUGAAGAUCUGAGUGCAUUUGCAACUAUCAACCUCUCUCCAAACGAAAGUCGGGCUGAUUGGCUUAAUUUGGAAGCGAGGGGCGCCGGCGACGUUUCCACAGAAAAAUAUAUUUCCGACAAUUCUGUGACAACCCUGCGUCCGCGUCUAAGCUGGAUAUCUCUUGUUGAUGCACAUGACUCCGCCGCGCAAACUAUCGAUCUCACCUUGACCUUUUCGAAUAGCUCCAAUGAUGGAAUAGCUUUCAAGUCUAUUGCUGUCAUCUGCCUCAAAAUGAAAGGAUUGGAGGGUAAAACAUUGUUUGAUACUGGUCUGGACCACUGGAACAUGACCCAAGCACUCGAUUUGAGGGCAAGUAUUAUCGAUGCUGGGCUUCAAUUAAACAUUCUCCCUGCUGUUCUAGGUACUGCACACGAUGGCACAGAUUUACCAUCCAAGUUCAUAGUACCUUCAAAGGGCUCUUUCACAUUGAAACUGAAGGGACCAGUUCACACAAAAUCGGGUGCUGGCCUUCAUGUCUUGCAACUAAAUGAAGUGUGGACAGGCAUUAGGGCUAUCAAACCUCUGCAAGGACGCGCGACUACGUUUUUGGUAUUGGAAGUGAAAGCAGAUAGCCAAAAACCAACGCCCUAUACUGUCACUCAAGCGGAGGCCGAUGAGAAAAGAGGAGUUUCACACGAUUGA